GAAAACGAAUAAUUUUUGGCUGAAUUGAAGUGAUUUUAAUUCAUCACCAUGUCUAAAUCAGUAGCCCGAUUGAAAUCUAUGAAGAAAGUUGCGGAUAAAAUUGACCAUACUUCGAAAUUACGCACAAAUAUUCCUGCAGGUAUGGCUGCAGCAGGACCACCAUUAGGUCCAAUGCUCGGUCAGAGAAAUAUCAAUAUAGCAGCGUUUUGCAAGGACUUCAACGAGCGUACGGCUAAUAUAAAGCAGGGAAUUCCUCUGCCAACGAGGGUAAAGGUGAAUCCUGAUCGCUCCUAUCAGCUGGUAAUUCAUCAACCUCCUGCAUCAUACUUCCUUAAGCAAGCUGCUGGUAUCAGUAGAGGCGCUAUGGAACCCGUGAAGGAAAUAAGUGGAAAGAUAACAUACAAGCAUUUAUAUGAAAUAGCCAAAAUAAAGUCACAGGACCCACCACUGGAGUGGAAGUCAUUAAAAGAAAUCUGUGUAAUGUUGAUAGCAACUGCAAGAACCUGUGGAAUAGAAAUUGUCAAGGAAUUGGACCCAAAGGAAUAUGGUGAGUUUCUACAAGAAAGGAAAAAGAUUGUUGAAGAACAAAAGAAGAUGUUGCAAGAGAAACGAGAAGCCAAGAUGUUGAGAACAGCCUAAUUGUUAAUUUGUAUGUACAUAGGUAGUGAAUGUUAUUAGGGAAUAGUACGAGAUAUUAUAAGAAAUGUGUUUA